AUGGAUAGUCCAUGUCGUGUUAUGGUUAAUGUUGGUACUCAGGCGGCAACAAAUAAUCGAGAUUUGUUACCGUUAUCAAACGAAGCGUUUUUAGCGGAUUUUACAACAAAAUCAUCAAUAUCAGAUUUUAAUUACAAUGACAACAGAAGAUAUCCUCGUUCAUCGAAUGAAACACGAAUAGAACAAGUAACGAUUCAACAACCAAUGGGAGUUAAACCCUUUUUAGCUCCUGAUCCAGCUAUUCUUCAAAUUGUUCGUGGUGGAAGUGGACAACAAGAACCACUUUAUCAACCUCAUCAAUUCGGUUCAUUACCACAGCAGCCACAACAUCGUUUCAGUAAUAAUAAUGGUAUGUUCAAUAACCGUCGCCGUCUCAAUAAUGGUAACGGUUACGUGAACAAUCAAAAUCUUGGUCUUCUGGGUGCUGGCCCAUUCCAAACAGCGCCAAAUCGACCGUUCUUUAACCGUCAUCCAAAUGAUAUGUAUGUUGAUGAAAUGAAUCCAUUUCAACAAAAAAAUCGUUUUCAGCAACAGCAAUUCAAUAAUAAUACAUAUUCAUCAGUUUAUGAUAAUCGAAUGAAUGUUGUGGAUCAAUUACUUGCUGCUAGUCGUCCAUUGCCAGUAUCGUUUAAACCUCAAACCAUGAAUAACAGUCAAUCACCUCAAUUUCAACAACAACAAACACGAGGAUUCAUGAAUCGUCGGCCAAUGUCUGCUCAACAAGAGCGGUUUAUGCCUAUGAAUAUGCAAAAACAACAAUCACCAUUACAUUCAGCCGGUGGAUAUUUUCCAAUCAAUAAUCAACGAUCAAAUCGUGGUGGUGGAAUGAAUAGAAAUAGUGGUGGUAUGUGUUUUAAUCGCGGUGAUGAUCGAAAUAAUAAUUAUCCAAUAAUGAGAACAAAUUAUAACAAUUCAUUUCAAGAUCAAUAUUAUUCGAAUAAUGAUUAUGAUUACAAUUACAAUUUUGAUAUUAUUCCAAAUUCGGCUCCGUUUCGAACAUCAUAUAAUAAUAAUAAUCGAAGACAUAACAAUAAUAUGAAUAAUUAUCAACAAACAAAUGAUAUGGGACAAUAUUGGUAUGGUAGUAUGCCACAUGAAACAUAUCAAAGACGAUGGAAUGGACGAGGUGGGGCAAUGCGUGGACAAAUUUCGCGAGGUAAUCGUAAUGGUGGCUAUGGACGACAACGUGGUGUUGUUAUUGCAAAUCAUCGUGGAGGUGGUUCAACUAGAGAGCGGCGAGGUCGUGGUGCCAAAUUAAAUCAACAACAAAAAUCGACGACUUCAACAGCACCAAAUGCAGAUGGCACAUCACCGUUAAAAACCGCAAAAACCAGUAGUCAACAACAAAAACGGCGUACUAAAUCAAAACGUAAAAAUCGUAAACAACGAUCGAAAGACAGUACGGAAGCUCUUGUAUGCAGUUAUGUCGAUAAUUUGCUCGGUCAACUCAUUGUCGAAGCCGUAUCCGAAUCCUUAUCUAUUAAAGGUGCUACAACAACAACUGACGAAAACAAAAAAUCCAAAACAACAAAAACGAAUACAACCGAACGUGAUACGAGCAGUAGUGGCGGUGACAAAACAAAACGAACAGGAAAAGAUGACGAUGAAAAAGUAGCAGAUACACCGACGGAAAAUAAUGAUGAAUGGCAUGAUAUCGAUAAGGAUGAGGAAACCGACUCUUCAUCUUCCAGCUCACCUACGAAUCAUUCACCAAAUAUAACAAUGAUUGAACGUCAAAAUUCUCAACAGAGGACUUUGGAUAAAAACAACGAAACACAACCACCAAGAGAUAAAUCGAAAAAUGAUGAUGAUGAUAAUAAAACUUCAUUAGCAAAUGAACAAAAACAACCUUCUAUCUCACCAAGUGCGUCCGAUUCAUCAGUAGCUGUUAACGUUGGCGAUGUUUCAUCGUUAGCUUGUUCAUCACCAUUGAAAUGA